CCCAAUCCCAAAAAACGACGUCGUUUAAUAUACUGGCCACAGCGACUCUGUGAAGACUGUCGUUUUGGCAGCCACUACCUUGGAAAUUGCUGCAAUCUUAUUGGAUUGAAAGCGGGAAGAUGAAGAGAAAGAGAGAAGGCAAAGAGGGCAUGGAUAAUAUCGUGUGGCAGACUCCAGCGAAUCCCCCGCACCCUAACGAUUACGUCUUUCGAAACGGGAUUCGAUACGUUAGACCAUACUACUUCGAAUUCAUCGCUCAUGUUAAAAAUCGGUGGGCAGGGAAAACCAUUGUGGAUUUGUUCGCUGAGGAAUUCAAAGGUCGACCUUAUGAGUAUUAUGUUAGUGCAGUGAAAUGUGGAAGGAUUCAAGUGGAUGGUGAGAUGGUACCGGUUUCAUACAUAGUUAAAUCAUCUCAAAAGAUAAGCCAUUUCUUACACAGGCAUGAACCACCUGUGAUGGCUUGUGAGGUUCCUGUUCUUCAAAAAGAUAUUGAUGUGCUAACUGUUUGUAAGCCAGCAUCUGUCCCUGUGCACCCAUGUGGUCAAUAUCGUAAGAACACUGUUGUUGGCAUUCUUCAAGCUGAGCAUGGGCUGACCCCUCUAUUUCCUGUUCAUCGACUGGAUCGCCUUGUCUCAGGACUUCUUAUUUUGGCCAGAAAUGCUGCAAAAGCUGACAUUUUUAGGCAACAGAUAGAAGCCGGCUUAGUCCACAAACAGUAUAUAGCAAAAGUAGGUGGAGAAUUUCCUGAGGAUGAGGUAAUUGUUGAUGCCAAUAUAGACUAUAAUGCAAGAGAAGGAAGGAGCACAGCAGAGGUCAGAGGCUCUGCAAAGGGGAAGGCUGCCUCUACAAAAUUUACCCGGAUUAGUACUAAUGGAACUCAAAGUAUUGUUUUAUGUGAACCAAUCACUGGCCGUACUCAUCAGAUACGCGUUCAUUUACAGUAUUCAGGGCACCCAAUAGCCAAUGACAUGCUGUACAUCUCAGAACAAACUGUUGAUCGAUCUGUUAAAGGGUUGAGUGCUGAUAGAUCAGCUCGCAUUUCUGAUGUUUCACUGACAUCAAAUUUUAAUGAAAAAGUGCUCAAUGAAUGUGAAGAAAAUUCCAAUGGAGACUUUGGCAUCGAUCCCAUGUGUACAAAUUGUCCAAAUUUGGCACCCAAAGGAUAUGAUAGUGAUGAAGAAGGUCUGUGGCUACAUUGUAUUCGUUACUCUGGACCUGGAUGGACGUAUGAGUGUCCAUAUCCUGAUUGGGCAAAACUUGGCUAGACAACUUGAUAUAUUUUUCAUACGACAUUUCAAACAAAUAUACAACGGCAUGUUAUCUUGAGAUUAAAAUUUGAGUUUUGAUGGUUAGUGAAAGUUAUUUAAUCUUUUGCUAUUAUUCAGGGACACUGGAUUGUAAUGAUCAAUGAUAACUAUUAUUGCUAUUAUUAUUUGGUUCACUUAGGGGGGAAGGACGUAGAAUAAACAACAGAUGUAUUCUAUUGUAAGAUGACUAAAUAUUUUGUUAGUGCAUAUGUACUUAACCUUUUUGGUGUUACUUAUCAAACAAUCUUGAAUGCUUUGCAUUUACCCA